UCUCGUAUCGGGAGCGUGUCCGGGAGCUCUCCCGUAUCGGGAGCGCGCACGUGGUUCAUUCGACCCCGUCGUUGAAGUAACGCGUCCCAUUGUGACCGCGAAAAAAUGUCGCUUCCACGUGGAAGACUCCGUGAAACCACGCCGCUCCUUUCGAGGCCGAAUGUCGCGUUCUCCCGAAGUUGCAACCUCAAGGGGGUUCUCGUACGGAGGAUACCGAUCCUGGCAUGGCUGCCUCUGUACAGUUGGAGCAAACUUCUGCAGGACACUUUGGCGGGGUUGACAGUGGGUCUGACCGCGAUACCGCAGGGCAUAGCGUAUGCAAUAGUGGCUGGACUUCCGGCUCAGUACGGCCUGUACAGCGGUUUCAUGGGGUGCUUCGUUUAUCUGAUCUUCGGCAGUAGCAAGGAUGUUACGGUGGGCCCUACCGCGAUAAUGGCUUUAUUGACGCAAAAGCACGUCAUGAAACUGGGCGAAGAUGUCGCUGUACUCAUAUGCUUCUUAUCGGGCGUCGUGAUAACAGCCAUGGGAGUGCUUCACCUGGGAUUUCUCGUGGAUUUCAUUAGCAUGCCCGUAAUUUGUGGUUUUAGUAACGCGGCGGCGGUUAUUAUCGCUACUUCCCAAUUGGGUACUUUGUUGGGCAUAAAAGGUCGUACCGAUUCCUUUAUCGAUGCUAUCUCGCACGUCGUCGAGCAUAUAAACGAAACGACACCUUGGGACCCACUGUUAGGAGUAUGUUCGAUGGUAGUGCUAAUUAUUUUCAAGAAAUUGCCUGGCAAGAAGUUGGGAACCCUUCUAGAGAAAUUCAUGUGGUUGGUUUCCAUAGCCAGAAAUGCCAUAGUCGUGAUGGCAGGAAUUCUCAUAGCGUACGUGCUAUCCUCUUACGACAUCAAGCCUUUCCAAAUUACGGGCAACAUAACCGAGGGUUUGCCGCUGUUCUCAUUGCCCCCGUUCUCCAUCGUAAACGGAAACCAUACAUACACUUUCCUGGAGUUGGUCAGUGAACUCGGCAGCAGUGCCAUUUCGAUACCACUCAUCGCCAUUUUAGAGAGCGUCGCAAUCGCGAAGGCAUUCGCGAAGGGGAAGACACUCGACGCCAAUCAGGAGAUGUUGGCGCUGGGUUUUUGUAACUUUUUUGGCAGUUUCGUCAAGUCAAUGCCUGUCACUGGAAGUUUCACCCGGACGGCUGUUAACAACGCCUCCGGUGUCAAAACGCCGAUGGGUGGCUUGAUUACCGGCGGUUUGGUGCUUUUGGCAUGUGGCCUGUUGACGUCCACCUUUGCAUUCAUUCCCAAAGCCACAUUAGCGGCCGUCAUCAUAAUCGCCAUGUAUUACAUGUUCGAGGUGAACAUCUUCGUCGUUCUUUGGAGAACGAAAAAAAUCGAUCUGGUGCCAUUGACGGUGACGUUAUUAUGUUGCUUGGUGGUCGGUUUGGAGUACGGUAUGAUCGCCGGGAUUGCGGUAAAUCUAAUUCUCUUACUCUAUUUCGCUGCCCGGCCCGGUAUAUUGAUCGAGGAGCGGAUCGUCGAUGAUUUGACCGUGCUCUUCGUAUCGCCCAAACAAUCCCUGAGCUUCCCGGCCGCGGAGUACCUCCGAGAGCGAGUAAUGUCGUGGUGCGACAAGAGGCCAGGAAACUUACCGGUGGUUGUGGAGGGCCGUCACGUGCUGAGGAUUGAUGCCACAGUGGCGAAGAACCUGACGCUGCUGUUGACGGAUCUGGCGGCGAGAGAUCAGAAGCUCGUCUUUUGGAACUGGUGCGAAGACGCCAGGCGGACUUUGAUAUGUUACGAACCGUCCCUCGCGACGUACUGUAGAUCGUCUGGCAGCAUAGCGCAGUUGUUCUCAGGUAACACCGGCGAUACGGUGGUACGCUGAUUAAACUGCGACGGAGUUAUUAUCACGACGGACGUCCAUUCCCGCCACGUUUUCUAGGAUAAAUUACUUAGGUGCCAUUUAUUCAAAUUGUGCAAUCGCUAUGCGAUAAUAUAUGUAUGAUCUAAAACUAAAUACGCAAUGAUAUUAAACGUGAGUUUCCAAAGUGAUGAAAGUCGCGAACUAUCUUUUCUCUUUUUAUGCAUUCACAACGAUCCUCUUGUGCACUCGAUAGUCAAGUUUAUGCACACAUAAGCUCGCGCGAGCGAUAAUGUGUUCGACCAGGAAAUAUGUAAAUUAUUGACAAUAUUAUUUUUAUCUUUAGAAAAGGGACGAAGGAGGAGGACGGGUCACAUCACAACCGGGGGUUGUUGCCCUUUAUUUUUAUAGCGUCUCUUUGUAGGGCGGAGCUAUCUCUUUCUAGGGCAAUCGUGGCUACACCGAGAUGAUCAAUGUGAAAUAUCAAACGAGAAUUCCGCCGACACGGCUAGUAUUUUAAUCUACUGAAAAGCACCGGCGACUGAUAUGGAUUAUUGACGCUGAAAUAGAAUAUGCGUAUUUAUUUCUACGCCACUGUCAGUUUCACUAGUUCCCGACGAUAUGAUUAUUCCACGAAAUAAAAGUGCAAUUUCCCUUUCCUGUUUGCAAAGAGACAUGCGUCUUAAAUUUCCAUCUGAAGCGAAAUACCGUAGCUUUGUUUUUGUUAGCGAGGCUUCUCGUUUUUACGGCAUGCUGAAACUUUCAUGGCUCGUCUGUUAAAUAGGGAAGUUUUUCGAGCGUAUGGAAAUUCGCGGACGUAGCGUAUACAGUGUAAUCUACAAUUUGCAUUAAACUCAUCAACGGUCAAAUUUUCUCUACAAUACGUGAGAAAAAUCCCAGGCCAAGAUGUUUAUUCUGCAUCAUUUUAACCCAGUAAGUUCGUCGAAUAAUUAAUGAGUGAACGCGUAAAUAAAAACUAUUCUUUCUUCAUAACCCUCUC